AUGGCAACAGCACUUGAGUUGCUGAAGACCCUCCCAGCACUCAUUCCCGAGUACGACGGGAAUAACGAGAAGCUUGAUCGUACAUUGGCAGCGCUUAGGGCGGCCAAAACGAUCAUUACGGAGGCAAAUAAGCCGAUAGCAAUCCAAUUGAUUGUAUCGCGUUUCGAAGGGAAAGCCAAACUAGCAGUAGGCGACAACCCGGCAUCCAUGGACGAAAUCAUCAAAGCUCUAGAGCUAAAAUGCAGGCAGGUUAUCUCGCCUGAAACCAUCGUUGCCAAAUUAAACGCCACAAAACAGUCGGGCGAUGCAACGAAAUACGUGGAGCAAAUGGAAAAGCUCACCCUACAGCUGGAACGGGCGUACAUUAGCAACAGCAUUCCGACAACAGUCGCGGAAAAAAUGGCGGUCCAGGCAGGUAUUAAAGCACUGGCAGCAGGAGUGAAAAACGCCGAAACCAAAAUUUUGCUGAAGGUAGGCCAAUUCCCUACAAUGGCCUCGGCGGUAGAGAAGGUUCUCGAGAACGAGAACCAGGGUACGGCAAGUGUUCUGGCCUUCCGCACAGAACACAACAACCGCCAAAACAGUUACAAUCGUAACAGAAACCAAAACCGCCAGUACAAUGAUAACAACAAUCGCCGGAACAACCAGCGAGACGACAACAACUACCGCAACGGUAAUAACAACUACCGCAAUGGUAAUAGCAUUUACCGAAACAGAAAUGGCCAGAGAAAUUAUGGCCAGAACAAUGGCAACAGGAGUAACAACAACUCAAAUCAGAACAGAAACCAAGGAUCGCAAAUCUACUAUGCGUCCUCGGAAAACUCUCCGCUCCCCCAGCAACACAGCGUUGGGGGCCAAGACAACGGACACCAACAAGCACAAAGCGCGUGUCCACCACCCAGCAAAUAG